AUGGCUGUAAAGUCGACGAACCCUAAGGCUGGCGAUAAUAAGUCAGUCAACACAAAAUCUUCUAGUGAAGGCCAAUCAGUCGCAUCAAUCUUCAAAGAGUUUUACAAGAAAUACAAGGCCACAACACCAAGGAGGUUGCGUAUAUUGGAUGCUUACUUGGUACUUUCCCAUUCAACUCAUUUCUGUCCGGAUUUAUAUCAUGUGUCGCCUCGUUUGUCCUUGGUGUCUGUCUAA